AUGUCGUUGAGGUUAUUUACCGUGUCGGCACUGCUGGCCGUAUCAUCGCUGGUAUCGGCAACCAAGGAAGUCGCUGCCUCAGAGCCCAAGGUUGGCACAGAUACCGUCCAUGGAUGCUAUUCAAGCUUAGGAAACCUGGUUCUGAACGCAACCAGCAAGUUCAACACCCAAGGUCUUUGUGCCACCGCCUGCCGAGGGAUGGACAAGGUUGUUGGAGCCUCCUUCUCCGAGAGCUGCUACUGCGGUGACAAAUACCCGCCGAAAAACACACUUGUCGACGACUCCGAGUGCACCGAGCCCUGCCCUGGAUUUGGAGAUGAGGCCUGUGGUGGCCUCGACACCUUCACUGUCUACAACACCGGUGUCCGUGUGUCAGUGGCCGAUGAGGCCAAUACCACAGACAGCAGUGCGACAGCCAGCAGUGGCCCCGAUGCCACGUCAUCGCAAUCCGUCGCAACUGUGUCAGGCGUCGUAGUUACCGUGACGCCAUCAGCCUCAGCUGGCCCCAGCUCGGGAGGGUCGAACACUGUGGGAAUCGCUGUUGGAAGUGUCGUCGGAAUCAUCGCCGUAGCCGCAAUUGCCGGAGGACUGUUCUUCAUGAUGAAGCGUCGCCGCAACCGUGAGAUCGAGGAUGAGCACCGCCGUAAUGCCGCGGUCAACGCUUUUAUCGCCGGAGGAAAGCCGCCAUCUAGUAGCGGGGGUCUUUCCAUCUCGGACCAGCGUCUCGACCCUGUCAUGGCACAAAGGAGGAUGAGCAGCGGCAGCAUCGCCGACGACCAGGACUACUCGCGUAGAAUCUUGCGGGUUACCAAUGCAUGA